AUGCCUGCCCAGCCGGUGCACCACCACCGCUCCACCACCAAGGUUUCCCACAAGCCCUACAAGAGCAAGCAUGCUUCCAAAGGCGCCUUGAAAGAUCUAGCCAAAGGCAAAAUCGAAGGUGAUGAGCGGGGCGGUCGUAAGACACCCCACCAACAGCUCAAGUCAAAACUCGAUCGCCGCAAUACCGCUCGCCAGAGACAGGCUCUGAAGCACCAGGAACGUUCCCAAGCCACAAGCAUCUUCGCCGGCCAGAGUGGUGCUCCCCGACAUGUCGCAAUUGUGCCGUUGACCGCCGAUAUUGAUACCGCCGCCGCUAUCUCUUCUAUCAACGAGAGUGUUGAUGUGUUGACCGAUGUCUCGCCCGAUGGACCUACCCGUGUGCGCAUUGAUCGAUUCCGCCAAAGUGUGCAGUAUGUUCCCGCCAAGUACGAUUUGUUGAGCGCUCUGGAUGUCUGCCGUAUGGCCGAUUUCGUUGUGUUGGUGCUGUCAUCUCAGGUUGAGGUUGAUGAGCAGGGAGAGAUGCUGUUGCGCUCGAUUCAGGGCCAGGGUAUCUCUAAUGUGUUGACUGUCGUACAAGGUCUCGACAGGAUCGACCCCCCUAAGAAGCGGCCUCAGGUGGCUGCUUCCUUGAAGUCUUUCAUUAAUCACUUCUUCCCCACUAUCGAGAAGGUUAUGUCACUCGACUCUCGACAGGAAUCUUCCAAUGCUAUCCGAUCCAUCUGCACUGCUACCCCCAAGGGUAUCCGCUGGCGUGAUGACCGCAGCUGGAUGUUCGUUGAGAAUGUUCAGUGGCCAGAGUCUAACCUGGAGGUGGUCGAUGACGUUGUCAUCACUGGUGUUGUUCGCGGAAAGGGCUUGAAGGCAGACCGCAUCGUUCACCUUCCCGGAUGGGGUGAUUUCCAGAUCGAUUCAAUCACAGCAGCGCCGCUUACAACCGCAAAGGGUAAGCGGGACGAUGCAAUGGCCGUUGAUGCCGAUGAUGCUACACAAAUCCUGGACGCCCCUACUGCGGAUCAGGACGACAUGGCAGCUGUUGCCCCUGAAGAGAUUGAGAUGGUGGAUGACGACAUGAUUUCCAUGGCUGAGACAGAGAAGAAGGGUGUUCUGCUGGACGACUACCACUACUUCUCGGAUGAUGAUUCACACAUUCCGCCAGUACCCAAGAAGUUGCCCAAGGGUACUUCAAAUUACCAGUCUGCUUGGUAUCUCGAAGAUGUCUCAGACUCUGGAUCUGACAUGGACGAUGACGAUGAGCCUAUGCAGAUGGAUACCGCUGGAGCACCCGAGGAUGGUGUGUUCCCAGACCACUUGGAUGCGAUGACCGAGGGUGGUCCUUCAGAAUACCCGCAAUCUGAGAUGUUCCUCGACCCCUCCCCAGAGGAUGAGGCCCAGGAAUUGGCCGACUACCGUGCCAGCCGUAAGACCGAAGCCGAGGAGGACCUGGAGUUCCCCGAUGAGAUUGAAUUGCACCCCAACGUGCUUGCCAGAGAACGUCUGGCCCGAUUCCGUGGGUUGAAGAACCUGAAGCUCAGCCACUGGGAAACAUCCGAGGAUCGUCCUUAUGAGCCCGAGGAUUGGCGCCGACUGCUGCAAUUUGCCGAUCACCGUGGUUCCAAGAACCGCAUCAUGAGAGAGGCUCUCGUGGGCGGUGUUAACCCCGGUACUCGAGUGGAUAUCCACCUUCGCGCAGUCCCCUCCAUUCUGCGCAACAGCAGCAAGCCGAUUUCACUCUUCUCUCUGCUCCGCCACGAGCACAAGCAGACUGUAGUCAACGUCAGCAUGACCCUGAGCUCCAGCGUGGAGAAGCCUCUCAGGGCUAAGGAGCAACUUGUCGUCCAGUGUGGUGCCCGCCGCAUGAUCGUCAACCCCAUCUUCUCCUCGGCUGAUAACACACCGAACAACGUUCACAAAUACGACCGUUUCUUGCACCCCGGUCGUAGCGCUAUCGCAUCCUGGAUUGGACCCAUGACCUGGGGCUCUGUUCCCAUCCUCGUCUUCAAGAGCAAGCAAGCCGAGGAGGAGGACGGCGACGAGGCAAUGGAUACCGCCGAAGCCAAGGACGAGCCGAUUGCCCUUGACCAGCUCGAGCUGAUCGGUACCGGUACCGUUGUUGCACCCGAUCAGAAGCGCGUGGUUGCCAAGCGUGCCAUCCUUACCGGUCACCCUUACAAGAUCCACAAGAAGGUCGUUACCAUCCGGUACAUGUUCUUCAACGCCGAGGAUAUCCAAUGGUUCAAGGCCCUCCAGCUGUGGACCCGCCGUGGCCGCAGUGGAUACUUCAAGGAGAGUCUUGGUACACACGGAUACUUCAAGGCUACCUUCGAUGCCAAGAUCAACCCGCAAGACUCCGUGGGUGUCAGUUUGUACAAGCGUGUCUUCCCUCGCAAGGCUAAGGCUUUGGAGGCUAUUGCUGCGUAA